AUGUGGCGUUCCGUGACCCGACUGGACAUGCAUGUGAAAGGUGCGAAAAGUAAAUUUCUGCUCCAACUGUAUACCGCUAUCUGGCCUUCUGGUGGAUCGCCCGCUCCUCACAACUCCAAGAUCUUCGCGACGGACUCGGUGUUGGUUCCCGCCAGCGGUUACAUAUCUCCAUGGGAUCUAGAUGAAGGCCCGGAUGACAUCGCUGCGAGUGCAACUGACACAUUCAACUCCGAGGAUGAGGACAUGGGAAUUAGCGACGAAAGUAUGAGCGAGGACGUCACGACGAAUACCGAGGAAGAUGGACAAGCUGAGGAACACAGCACACAGACCAUUUCGUUCCAGCGAAAGACACUGGAUUUUACCCGCCUGUCACACUACAAUUCUUUCGCCAUGGUCCCUCCCCGACUUCUGGUUCGCUCUGAGUACGAGGAACUCGCAGCUUUGGCAGAAACGCUUGAUCGCCAUACCGUCCUCACCGGGCAACCUGGCGUCAGGAAAUCCUAUGCACUCUAUUACCUCUUGGCCCGACGUCUUAGUUGUGGCCUCCCGACUAUAUUCGCCAAAGCAGACAACCAAUGGUAUUUCUUUUGUGAUCUGGGGGUGUAUCUAUUGAAUGCCACCAAUCUCGAUUACCUCCUGGACGAUUUCGCCCAGAUCCACGCGUCGGAACCGGUUGACACAAAUAAGAUCUUACACCAGAGCACAAUCAUUCUAAUCGAUUCCAGGGAUGGAGAGCCGUUUCCCAGAAUCAGUGUACCUGCAGAAUGGAUAUAUAUCGUCGCGUCAUCUCCGAACAGAAAGCGUUAUAAGCAUUGGGUGAAGCAAAACACGGCAGCAUUCUGGGUGAUGCGAACGUGGUCAUGGUCUGAGAUCUAUGCAGCCAGGGACAUGCGGCGGCCCAAACGUGUUAUUGACGUCAACGAGCUACGGGUUACGUUCACAAAGUUCUCGCACACGGCAUGGGUGGUUUACUUAACUCAUACGCGCGGACAGGAGAGGGCGAUUGCAUACGCACUCGGUUCCUUGUCACCACACUUGUUGGCGUCACUGAUACGGCAGGAUCACAGCGUCGAAGCAGACAUCUACAGUCAACUGGUCGAGGUCAACCCUUAA